AUGCUUCCAGUUCUUCAUGUCCCUGCAAUGAUUCCUGAAGCUACAAAACGUCGAUUGGAAAGUAAAUAUGCCCCAAUUGCGCCUCAAGGAGGUGAACAAUAUAUUCAAGCCCAUAGUCAAGCAUCAUGUACAAAUGCUCUUGAUCGGGUGGUGCCUGAGCGUCCGGUUCAAUCUUCAUCACUGGGAAAUCCAUUUCCAAAUCAGCAGAAUCCUCGAAAUUUACCUUUGAGAGAAGUCACAGACGAGCAUUUUGAUGAUGCCUAUGUAGGCUUUAUUAUGUAUUGCAACCCUGCUGUGGCAUCAAAUACAGAUUCUGCUGAACUUAGACGAAUAUUUCGGGCACCUCCAAAAAGUGAUGGCAAGAGUUUUAGCACGUUUACAUUGUUCCAAUUGAUUCGCAAAUUAGAGAAUAAAGAAAUCAAAACGUGGGCACAAUUGGCAAUAGAUCUUGGAGUCGAACCUCCCGCUUUGGAAAAAGGUCAAAGUGCUCAGAAGGUCCAACAAUAUGCGGUUAGACUCAAGCGGUGGUUGCACGCAAUGCAUGUUGAUGCGUUCUUUGAAUAUCUAUUAAACAAACCUCAUGUGUAUUGGACGCAAGUACCAUCUCCUAACGAAACGCCAUCGGAGCUUGGCCGAGACGGAGUGACACCUGAUGAAGAUUUAGCUCUUCGCGCGUUGCUUCCAGAAACACGACCCAAGCGUGGACGAAAAAAAGCUGAAGAUAGGGACGAUGAUGAUAUGGAAAGAUCACCAUCCCAGCGCCCUCGUAUACAUUCGCCUACUUUAUCUGAAGAUUUCAUGAUUGCUAGAGUUUCCUUGCAUCCGGAUAGUGCUACCCCGGCGACAGCAAAUUCUUCUUUUCAGCAGAGCUUUGAUGCUCGACUGAGUCCAUGGUCUGCAACAGAAGUUCGAGGUCCCUUAGUAGAUAGCUAUAGAUGGGGUGCUCCACAAGAAAAUGCGACUCCUUUAUCAGCUUAUCCACAAUCCGCCCUCACUCCCUCAACCAGAACCCAUCUUUGGCCCGAUAAUAGUGAGCCUCAAUCAGCCACGACACCAAACAAAUCUCGAUCAAGACGUCGUCAUGGUCCGGCAGUAUCAUCAGCAUGGCCAAGCAAUGGCAGUGCCUCUGCUGGAAAGUUACGAGGUAGACCGCCAAGUAAUCGUUCUGUUACCGAUGGACCAUUUUCGACAUUUCCUGCCAAUCCGGGUUCCACUAGAGAUACACCAGCUGCUACUCCUGUAGUAGCAGAUUCCCAGAUGCCCAAUUUUUUCCCUGGAGGUGUGAGAUCUGAGUCACCAACUAGUAAUCCACAAACCCAAAAUGCACGACCAAAUCGACUUUCCCUUCAAGUCCCACAACGGAAAGGUGGCAAUGUCAGAUUAGCAACACCACCACCACCACCUGUUGUACUCCUCAACGGUGAAACCGACACAAAUAUGCAACACGACUUAAUGAACCAAUCCCAGCAAACAUCUUUAAUGGAAUACUUCAACAACACUGUCAACGGACCCCAAGACCCUAGCUUCGAACACUUCGUUAGCAUCGCUUUCCGUCAAAACGAAGAUUUCGACCGCACCAACAUCGAUGCCCUAGAAUCUCACUUCAUAGGCGAAAUUCUUGUCGCCGAGUGGUACGACGUAACUGGAAACUCCAUUCAACGUUGCUCCAUAGACGAAGCAUCCAAAAUCUGCAAACAAGUCAUCCGAAAUCUUCAAGCCGAAUCUAGCAGCACAGAAGCCUUCCUCAUUAAUCUUUCCGCGCUUGCAGGCGGACCUCUCAUGACGCGUCUCCGCGUUACAAGACUAGAAUUCCCGGGCCCUCCACCAAGAACAGAUUAUGAAUGUCAUUGGAAAAUGAGAUUUGGAAGUUUAGAAGGGGAUUUCACGAUAAGGGCUACGGUGGUAGGGGAGAGUGGCGAAAUGGGAAUGGGGGAGGGAAUGGGGGAGAUUGGGGUGAGGGAGAUGGAAGAAGAGGAGGAGGGUUGGAAAGCAAAAUACUUGAACUUACAGCAGCAGAUUAGGGAGAGGGAUGCGAAGGUUAAGAGAUUGAAGAGGGGGAUGGUGGAUGCGCUGGUUAUUAGUGAGGAGUGGAUUAAAGGGGUAGAAAUCUUUCAGAAUUAG